ACUUCCGAAACGCAUACCGAAUCCUCUCUCGGUAACCGAUUCCUCCAUCUCACGUUUUAGGGCCCCAAAUCGCACCCGACGUGAGAGCAGCAUGGGCGCCAAGCAGUCGCGCGUGGUGACGUCCGAGGUGGCGGCGGAGCUCCGUCCGGAGGACCAGCGUGAAGGAGAGACGCGGGCCUCCAUCCACCUCACGCCGGCGCUUAUCGACCAGAUUAACGGCACUCAUAACGCCCCAAAGAAGGCGGCGGGGGGUCUGGACGCCCAGCAGCAAGCGAUUUUAAAGAAGCAGAUGCAGAUGGCCUACGCUAAGGGUGUCGACGACUGCCGGAAGAAGAUGGAAGCGGAGCUUAAGCAAAAGGGACAGCAGGCCUCCACCAGUGCGCCGAGUUUGGCGCAGCAGGCGCAGUUUGCCAAGGAGCAGGAGGAGCGUGAGAACGAGCGCGUGGAGCAGCUCGUUGCUGAGAUCAACAAGAAAAAGUACCGUGCGCCACUCCGCGACGUGCAGUGCUCAUCUGAGCGUGAGGCGUGCUUGCAGUGCUAUAGAGACAAGAAGAGUGACGUCUUGAAGUGCAAGGAAGUGGCCGACGCCUUCGUGCGAUGCGCCCGGCAAAACACGGAGAAAUUCGUCGGAGAGAACUGAAGUAUCUUCCCGUGUCAGAACAGAUGAACUCGGACGCUUUUUUUGCUUGGAUCCCUGUAUGCCCGUGACUUGGUUAAUCCUCCUAAAGGAACAAGUCAAAGCAACUACUCAAGAAGAAAUUCAAACAGAAAAACGAAAGAUGGCGAUGUAAUAAACGCCACGGUGGUGGAUGAAGGAGAGCUCGAUGCGUCUGAAUACAGGUCUUGUGCUUUAUGCCACCAUUUUGCUUCAACUUAUGAUGAGCCAGCUUUGAUUUGGGGCUUAAAAAGAUUAUGUACGGAUUCUUGUUAUCUUCCUACAGCUA